CUCCUCCUCCUCCUAUCCCAUCACGCUUGCCCCUAACGGGUCGGUCGCCGGUGUGGAGGAUCCUGGCGCUGUGUGAAGAAAUUCUUCAGCCAUGGAUGUAUUCAUGAAAGGACUUUCCAAGGCAAAGGAAGGAGUUGUAGCAGCAGCAGAAAAGACCAAGCAGGGUGUGGCAGAGGCGGCAGGAAAGACAAAGGAGGGUGUCCUCUAUGUGGGUUCCAGGACCAAGGAAGGAGUUGUUCAUGGUGUCACUACAGUGGCUGAGAAGACCAAAGAACAAGUAUCUAAUGUUGGGGGAGCUGUAGUGACAGGAGUGACAGCGGUGGCCCAGAAGACAGUGGAAGGAGCAGGGAAUAUUGCUGCAGCCACUGGAUUGGUGAAGAAGGAUCAGUUGGCCAAACAGCUGUGUUAAAUCUGUUCCUGAGAG